CUUUCCGACUUUGUUUACAUACGUAUAUAUUCCGUGAAAGCAGGUAUAGCUUGCAUGCUUCGUGCUGCGCACCGAGCCAACCUCCAGUUACGAGGCCGUCGGCCACUUACCGUGAUGACCAUGGCAAAGAAGUCCAUCAACGUGGAAGUUGUCAGUGACACAGUAUGCCCCUGGUGCUUCGUUGGCAAGCGGCGGCUGGAGCAGGCCAUGUCCAAGUUCGCUGACCGGGCCGACUUCACUGUCACCUGGCGGCCCUACCAGCUGGCCCCCGAGGCGCCAAAGGAGGGCCUGAGCAAGCUGCAGUACUACAACGACAAGUUCGGGCCGGCGCGGGUGGCGCAGAUGAUGCCCAUGAUGACCAAGGUGUACGCCGACCUGGGACUGGCCUACAGCACGGGCGGCCUGACCGGCAACACACUUGACAGCCACCGCCUGAUCGCCUGGGCGGAGGACAAGUACGGCGCGCAGCUGCAGAACAAGCUGGUGGAGGAGUUCUUCCUGGACUACUUCACACGGGAGCAGUACAUUGGCGACCGCCAGGUGCUGCUAGCGGCUGUGUCGAGGGCUGGACUGGACGCGGCGGCGGCGGCGGCGGUGCUGGACGACCCGGCGGCCUACACCGAGCAGGUCAAGCAGCAGAUUGCGCGGGCACGUGGCGUGGGCGGCGUGCCGUUCUUCACCGUUGAGGGCCGGUACAAAAUGUCGGGCGCGCAGCCGCCUGAGAUGUUUGAGGAGCUGUUCGAGCAGAUCUGCAGCAAGUAAGUGCUGAGCUGCAUGCGUGCCACUCUGGUAGUUUGAAAUGUUGCCGUUGUUGUGCCAUUCACGGUCCAACGGGACCCAGGGUAUGGUUUGUACCUUUCCUGGGUGCUUAAGUGCGAUAGAGCCAAUCGAGCCCACUUCGGGGACAGGUUUGAUUUGUGGUAUGAGAGCUACCCCUCCAAGCUCAGCGCGUGCUUAAGUGCUGUGCAGCGCAAGUGCUUACUGUGACCACGGUUGUGACUGGUGUGAGAGGUUUGCGUAGAGAGCGUGGGUGAGAGACACGUGUGCAUGCCUGCAUGUGUAAGCAAGGCCCUUUGUUGCUGCCGGGGGGGUCCUUACAUGCAUACGCAUUCACGCUGCAAGCAAGCAUAGUAAAGAGCUUACGGUAUGUGGUUUGACUAUUGACGCUCUUGGGAAUGGCGUUUCAACCCGCUGUGUAGGGGAGUAAAAGUCUUAUGAUUCUGCAAUUCUGCACCCGCGCAGUCGGUUGUGGUGUGAUACGCAUGCGGGAAUGGUGUAGGGCGUGUCCAACGGUACGGGAUUUUGGGAUUCUGCGACGGAUGUGGUUUUAACUGUUACUGCUUGCAGCGGUGUAGCAGCAUGCGGACCGAUGUAGCGGGCGGCUUGUGUGACGCCGGUGCCCAAGGAGAUAAAGAGGCAGCACUGGAGGUCGUGGCGUCCUCCGGGACUAGCCCAGCGGAGUGUAUGGUUAAAACGGUUAGUGAACCAGGGGGGGUAGGAAACAAAGUGCCAGACCCCAUGCUUCGAUAUCCCCCGGGACCCCCCUUGAGGGGACGACCGACCCCGCGACGGACAAAACCUUGUUGUUCGGGGGUUAAAACCCCUCCAUUUUAUAUCAAAGUGGUGUCAAUCGACUUCUCUU